AUGCUGAAUAAGUUCCAGCUUUCCAUCUGCGAUAGUAUAGUAGACAACCUUAUUGAUUCACCAUUAUGCACCCCAUUUAUUCAUCUUGUCGAUCCAAUAGCCGAUGGUGCUCCAGAUUAUAAUGAAAUUAUCAAGCAACCAAUGGCUUUAGAAGUAGUAAAAAGAAAAAUACAAACAAAAGAAUACAAAACGCUAGAUGAAUUCAAAAAUGAUGUAAAUUUGAUUUGGGCUAAUACAAUCACAUACAAUGGCGAAGAUACAAUAUAUUCUUAUAUGGCAAAAGAAAGUAAAAUUUGGUUUAAUAAUAUGGCAUCUAAAAUUACAGAGUCUAACGAGACUGACUGGACUCGCAAAUUACAAAGCACAAUUUCCAAACUAAACAAAUUACUAUCAAACCCACCAGAGGAAUGUGAUCCAAAUGGUGAAAUAAAGAAAGAGUGUAUGGAACAAGAAAAGCUAGAAGAACAAUUAGAAAAUGUAGAAGAAGAAAAGAAAGAUAAUAAGAAAGAAGAUGAAAAGAAGGAAGAAAAGCCUAAGCAAGAAGAUCCUAAACCACAGCCAAACUCAAAUGAGAAUAAAUAA